GUCAUGUGAUGGACUCUUCCCUGCACACAGACACUCUUCGCCCUUCUCACCUCUCCUCCGCGUUCAGUUGCAGUUCCGUCUUCCUUUUUGGUGGGGACUGACUCGUUUUGCUUCAAACUUCUGGAUUUGGGGCUCAGACUGGGUUGUUUGGGUGGCGGGAGAUGGUGGGACUCCCCGCCUUACGGCCGUCUCUCUCGCUCGUUCUCUCUUUUUAUCCGGGUGAGAAGUCUGCCUGGAUCUCUUAUCCAGCAGGUUUUGAGAGUAUUUUAGAAGGACUUUAUGGACCACGGCUACGAAGAGACCUCAGUUUAUUUGAAGACUGUGAACCAGAAGAGCUGACUGACUGGUCUAUGGAUGAAAAAUGUUCAUUUUGUAACCUCCAGAGAGAAGCAGUCAGUGAUUGUAUACCAUCCCUUGAUUCUUCACAGUCAACACCAACAGAGGAGUUAUCAUCUCAGGGCCAGUCCAACACUGAUAAGAUUGAAUGCCAAGCUGAAAAUUACCUAAAUGCACUCUUUCGAAAGAAAGAUCUUCCUCAGAACUGUGAUCCUAACAUUCCCCUAGUUGCUCAGGAAUUAAUGAAAAAGAUGAUACGUCAGUUUGCAAUUGAGUACAUUUCAAAAAGUGGUAAAAUUCAAGAGAAUAGAAAUGGUUCAAUUGGACCAAGUCUCAUAUGUAAAAGUAUUCAAAUGAAUCAAGCAGAAAACUCCCUUCAGGAAGAACAGGAAGGCCCCUUAGACCUCACUGUGAAUCGAAUGCAAGAACAAAAUACUCAGCAAGGGGAUGGAGUGUUAGAUCUCUCUACAAAGAAAACCAGCAUAAAAUCUGAAGAGUCAUCCAUAUGUGAUCCUUCUUCUGAAAAUUCAAUGGCUGGUUCAACUGUUGAUGCAAAAUCAGAGGAAGCUACUAAAAUGGAAAAAGGAAAAUCAGCAUUAAGCAAAGUUUUGGAAUCUUUGUGCAUACAUCACCAGCAACAAGUUUUGGCUAUGUUGAAAUUUCUAGUCCAAGAGCAGAAUGCUACUUCUCUUUGCUGUUGUAAUGCAUCAUGUGCUGUGUCUUCAGAAUCUCAAAAGUCCCUAUUUGAAGAUGAUAUACAUGGUCUAUUCUGUAGUUGUGAAUAUAGACUGGCAGAAAGAGGGCUUUUACAAAAUGAAAGACAAAGUGCUGUUUUAGUGCCUCUGCCAGUCUGUAUUAAAGAAUUACUUUGUUUAUCUUGCCAUUCUGUAACUAUUGAACACAUUAAGACAAUAAUGAAUAGAGGAAUUGCAAACUGUUAUAAUUCUCAUAGGUGCUAUUCUCAACUGUUACCAAACAUUGACUCUACAAAAUCACCCUUUCAUAGUCCCCUUCUGUCAGGGGAAGUAUGUGAUUUUUCAGUCAGUCUUAAAGAUGUUUGCAGAUCUCGCAGUCCCUCACCCCCACCAUUAUCACCUGUAGAGACUGGAGAAUUUGAAAAAUUGAAAGACGUCAUCUCAGAGUUUUCAGCCUUAGAGAAUAACACAUUUGAAACAAACACUAACCAGCCUCCAUCUCUAAUACCAGCAGAAAUAAGCAGCAACAGUGAUCAAGAAAGCAAAAUACAUAAAACUGAAAAAUUUAGUAACUCUGAUUCUUUGCUUUCAGAUACCAGUGAUAAUUGUACUACAAAUCAUGAAAAAGGUGAAACUACUGUGAUUUUUCAAGAUUUAAUGGAUCGUAUCAAUGAAAAAUUAAAAUCAAUAGAAACCACAGAUAUGACAAAUGUUGUAAAACUAUCUAGCAGUGAUUAUAACACAGCUAAUGAUUUUAAAUUGGGAGAUUUAAUAACAUCUCUUGUGCAUAAUGCAAAAGCCAGUGAUUAUAGUUUUAUGGAAUUACUGAGUCAACAUGAUAAAAAGAUAGAAAAUAAAAUUAUUCAGACACGAUUUCGAAGGCGUCAACAAACCUUAUUUGCACUGCACAACUCUCCUGAUUCACCCAUGAUUAGAAGGCAGUCCUUACAGAUAAAAAGACAACUAGCUAGUUUAGAUGAAAAUUUUAUGAGAAAAAAAUUCUCUGAAAAAAAUUCGAGGAAAUUGGUGUGCCAUGAUACAAUAUUUUCAUCGGACAAAGAAUUCCAUCAUUGCCAAAGGUCUUCUUUACAAAAUUCUAAAAGCUUUCAAGAUAAAAAUCAUGCAGAAACAUUUUUGCCAAAUUAUGCAUUACAGUCAUUGCAACUACCUUACAGUAGUUUAGAAACGAACUUGGCUUUUAAUGAAUUUUCAAAAAACCUUAAAACACCUGAGAAAAUUAAUAUAAAAUCACAAGAGAAACCUGCAGCUGGAAUCAAAAACUUGGAAGAUAAUAGUUUCAAUCCAAAAUUAGAUAAAAUUCAAACUCCUUUUAGAGAUAAUGUUCCUGAACUUUUGAGCAGGACUAAACGAAAUAUUGUACCCCCAGGAUGGUAUUCUAUUUAUGUAACAAAUAAUUGUUCUUUUAAAAAAUCACUUAAGACCAAAAGAGUGUCUGAAUCCACACAAAGUAAAGAUUCAGUGAAAAAUGUUCAAAAUGAAAGCUCACAAAAUAUAGACCUAAACAAAAUUGCAAUGAAUUCUAAUUUACAGAUUAUAGUGGAGCGUUUGGAAGAUACAAUAAGUAAGACUAAAAGGCCUUGGAAUAAUAAGCCAUCAGCAGGAUAUAAAGCAUCCAAUAAAUUGAUAGAAAUUGAUGGUAAAGAUGAAAAUGCUGGGAGAAAUAUAAAUCUUAAUUUGAAUAGAAUGAAUAAAGAGCAGAGUUUACCAAAAUCUGAGACCACAUCAAGCACUAUUAUCAAAAGUCUUUCAGUGCCUACUGUGGAUUCAAAUAACAAAAGACUUGAUAAUCCAAAAAAGUCAUCUAUUUUAGAGGCUGGUUGCUUGACUGCCAGUGCUGAAAGUGUACCGUCAAAAUGUGAAGAUACUGAAAGCUCUUUUUCUAACUAUUCUAGUCCUAUCAAACUCAUGUUUUUAUCUGAGAUUAAAAGUAGUGAAGGAGUCAAAUACUCUUUAACUUCAGUUGGUACUUCCCAGUCAAAUGUUGAUCAUCCUUCUGAAAAAUGUGCAACCCUUCAUGUAACUGGAAAAAAAAUAGAAACAAAUGAGGAUAUUUCAAACACUAACUCUGAAAAUUACAGUUCUAAUCAUGAUACCGACACAUUUCUUAGAGAACUGAACAAAUUUAACUGUGCAAAGGAAACUGUAGAAUCCUCCACAUUGUUUUCAGAUGACUUGAAUAGUGAUAAACCACAAAAACAUCUGGAAAAUGCAAGCAGUGCUGUUGAUUCAUCUUUUAAAAGAAAACCAGGUAGACCUAAAAAAAUAGGCCCUCAAGUUGUGAAACAGAUUAAACGACCAAUUGGAAGACCACCAAAACCUAAAACUGAUCAAGCAGACAUUUCCAUUUGUGAGAAUGAAUCCUUUUGUGCUGGAAAGAAAAACUCAGAAUCUUUCAUACCAGAAGCAAAAGAAGGUAUUUAUAAGAAAACUAUUACCGUAACUGUUAUUUAUGGAAGGUCAAGAAGAGCUAAAAGGCAUGUAUCUGAAGGAACUGUAAACAUUAGCAAUAUUAUGUCAUUAAACAAUAACAUUGCUGAUUUUUCAGCUGAAUACAAUGGUCUUGGAAGCCUUAGAGAAUAUGAAAUUGACUCAGGUCAAAGUUCUGGGUCUAGCUGGACCACUGAAAGAGAGAACUUGCAAUCUAUCUUUGACCAUGUAAGACCUGUUAGGAAUAAGUCUGUGAUACUUCAACCUUCCAAGAACAUCAUUCGACCAAAUCAGAAGCCUUCAGCAAUAAUUAGGAAGCCUGGUAGACCUGCAAAAGUGAAAAUAUCUGGCAUAUCUGUGACUAUUAAUAGAAUUUCUCCUCAGGAAAGAGAAGUAAGUAUUAGCAGCUGCUUACCUCCUUUAGAACAGGAGAAUACAUUAGAAAAAACUCUACCUGAAGAAAAAUAUGAUCAACAGUGCAAUAACGUGGAUAAAACAAGGUACACUGAUGCUGACAUUUUAAAAAAUGGAUCAAAAAGUAUGGUUGCUCCUGUACCUUUGAGACAUUCUAUUAGGGACAGAAAGCGAUCUCUGCACUUCUUACGUUCAUUAGCAACUUCUAGUUCACUUAUUUAUAGAAAUUCUCUGCUUCAUAAAUCAUACAAACUCCAUUUAAGAAAAGGCAAAAGCCUAAAGAAAAAGUACAGGCAGUCAAGGAUAAAAAUAGCUUCCAAAGAUACCCCAGGAGCUAGACAUCCAAGGAAGGCAGAAAAAUGUUUGGAAGAUAACAAAUUAAUGCCCAUUUCUGAAGUGUCUUUAGACCCUAUAAUAUCAUCAAAUCCUUUGCUCAGGUGGUGGGCUACUUCUGCUUCAAAUGAUUCUUUAUUAGAGGAAUUAAACAAUAGAUUUGAGCAAAUAACAAAUGCCUGGGUGCAAGUGAGUGGAGAUGAAGCUGAAAUUUUUGAUCAUAAAAAAGAAUACAUUAAAAAUGAUAAUUUCAAAUUAGAAAAUCCUUUGGAAACUUGUCUUUUAGAACUUGAAGUUUCACCUGUAAAAAUGCUUUUUCAGAAAAAGUAUGAUUUGAAUGAACUUUGUACCUGGUUUAUGCAAACAACAGAAACACAGUCUCUCUCACUAGUUAGAAAAGCAAAUGCUCGAAACCCUUUGGAAAUAAUAAAUACCAAAGGAAUUAAGUUAGGGGCCAAAUAUUGUGAUUUUAGUGCCAGUCCAUUCAGGAAGCACUUUAAAAAAUUUGCACUCUCUUCUCCUUCAAAAUCAGCAGGGAAAUUGCAUGUACUACAUAAAAUGGUUAACUCUCAGCUCUUAAAUGUGAAAAGUAAUUUAACACUAGCUAGUUUGAAAAGGACUGAGUUUAAAAGGUUGCACCAUGAAAGAUGGAGAAGAGAGGGAAAACUGCACAGCCAUGGAACAGUUGGUUGGAACUCCAAACGGAGGAAUUUAAGAUGUUUUUGCCAGAACCAAUUUUUAAAUAAAACUGAGGGGGGAACAAAUGCUGACAUUCCGCUCCAAGGAAAAGGCACAGUAGGUAAACAUUGUAUUUUCCCACCUGAGAUCAAGAGUGACUUUUUGCAAGACAGGGUAGCAAUGCCUAACUUCAAAAUGUAUACUAAUGUAGAAAAUAAAGUUAAGUCAGAAGUGAAGGAGAAUGGAAUAAAUUCCAACCAAAAAGAUUUUGAAAAGGGUUCAAAAGUAGGAAAUGUAUGUCCAAAUAAUUGGAGGUCAAAAACUUUAAAAGACUGUAGAAUAUUUUUGAGGAAGAUUAACUAUCUUGAACAUAGGAAUACGUUUAAGCUAAAUACAAUCAUUUACUCUCCUGAAUCUGUAAACAAUGAAAGUAAUCAUCAUACACAUAUAGAAGAAUCAAAGCACUUUACUUUAAGAUCUCAUUCUGCUAGGCAAAAUUCUUUUAAAAAGCAAACUAAAGAAAUAGAAAACAGUAAAGCAAAUAAUGCUUUAACCAAUAAAUUUGCCAAUCAACUUGGCAAUAAUAAGUUAAGCAAAUGUAUAAACUUUGACAAAAAUUCUUCUGAUAGUUCUGAAGUUCUUAGCAAAUUGAACAAAAGAAAAAGACCACCAUGGAAGACCUCAGAAAUAUCAACAAAAAGACAUAAACGGCAGUCUUGCAACAGUGGACAAAUGGCACACUAUUUUUCAAAAUCCCAACUAGGUAAGUUUUUCUCUGAUUAAUUUUAAAGUUUCAUUGUAGGUGCCUUGAGUAAAGAAUAAGCAGCAAGUAGAAAAGAAACAGCUGGUUCCAUUUUAAUUUAUUUCUAAAAUAUUUGUACAACCUAAUUUCUUGGCACCUAGUAUGAAACUCAUGAAAUUAGAUGUGGCUAAAUGUACCAUUCCUUCGCCAUAAUGUGUCUAGAAUUUUAAGCACAUAAAAAUAUGUUUAGUAGAGACAGCUUUUUAAAAAUAUAUCAGUAUGCUUUAUUACCUUUGCAUUAAUAGAUGUAAUAUAAAAUCAGAAGAUAGCUUGAUAAAUAUGACCAUGUAACUAAAAAUUUACUACAUGCUAAUAUAUAUUCUCUUAAUAAAUAACUAUGAGGCCAUGUGGGAAAGAGUAAAUACUUUCUCAUUGGAAGCGACCGUAACAUAUUACAAUCCUAGGAUAUCAGUCUCCUAUCCACCAUCAUGUUGUUAUGCCAUUUGGUACUGUACUGCUUUGAAAUCCACUUAUAAGAUCUUAUUUUAAAAGUGGUGUAAAGAUAUUUUUUCCAAUAAAUCAGCAAACUUGAGGAUUUUUUUCAUAUCAGAGAUUGAGCUCAUUUCCACAGAUAGGAAGAUGACAGUUCUUUUCCAUAGCCUCACAAGACAAAGAGUCUUUGGAAGAGCAUUGCUAAAUUGAGAAUGCAAACAGAAAUUACCUUUAACAAGUACUUCUGUGUUUUAUUCAGUUACACUGAUGUGAUAUUGGUGCAAAGAAAUAAUUACUAUUUGGAACCAAGCAAAAAUAUGAUACAAACACAAUAGGUGCCAAUACAGCCAUUUCCAUCUCUGCUUAUUAAUAGGUACUAGGCAGUGCAGAAUAUUUAGGAAUGUGAGAGUGCUUACUGAUUACUUCCUUCUCAUGAAAGAGUGCCAGGUUGUAUUUGGAAAUUUAAGGACAUAUUAUCACAUGGCUACAUUGUUAUAUUAUACAUCUUAAGGAUGUCUUUUGGAGGUUAGGAAGUAUUUGUUUAUUUUUGU